UUUGUUUGGUGCCGCAGCAGGGACCCGGCGCGGCCCAGGAAUGCUAGCCUGUUCCCCCAGGAGCCCCCGGCCUGCACUGGAAUCUCCCUGGCCAUGGGCCACUCCCCACCACUUCUGCCCCUGUCUGCAUCUGUGUCUCUGCUGGGGGGGCUGACGUUUGGGUAUGACCUGGCAGUCAUCUCAGGGGCCCUCCUGCCCCUGCAGCUGGACUUCGGGCUGAGCUGCCUGCAGCAGGAGCUCCUGGUGGGCAGCCUGGUCUGGGGGGCUCUCGUCGCCUCCCUGGGCGGGGGCUUCCUCAUUGACCGCUAUGGCCGGAAGCAGGCCAUCCUCGGGAGCAACCUGGUGCUGUUGGCUGGCAGCCUGAGCAUGGGCCUCGCUGGCUCCCUGGCCUGGCUGAUGGUCGGCCGCACGGUGGCCGGCUUUGCCAUCUCCCUAUCCUCCAUGGCCUGCUGCAUCUACCUGUCGGAGCUUGUGGGAGCCCGGCAGCGGGGUGUGCUGGUGUCACUCUACGAGGCUGGCAUCACCCUGGGCGUCCUGCUGUCCUAUGCACUCAACUACGCGCUGGCUGGUGCCGCCCGGGGGUGGAGACACAUGCUUGGCUGGUCCGUCGCGCCUGCCCUCUUGCAAUCCCUCGGCCUCCUCUUGCUGCCAGCCAGGACGGGGGAAGCUGCAGCCCACAGGGACCUCAUCCCCCUCCAGGACGAAGAGGCCACCAGGUUGGGGCAGGGCCAGCCCAGCUACUCCUUUCUGGACCUCUUCCGGGCGCGGGAGAACAUGCGAGGCCGGACCACUGUGGGGCUGGGGCUGGUGUUGUUCCAGCAGCUCACGGGACAGCCCAACGUGCUGUACUAUGCCUCCACCAUCUUCCACGCAGUCGGCUUCCACGGGGGGUCCUCAGCGGUGUUGGCCUCCGUGGGGCUCGGUGCAGUGAAAGUCGUGGCAACUCUGGCCGCCAUGGGACUGGUGGACCGAGCGGGCCGCCGGGCCUUGCUGCUGACCGGUUGUGCCCUCAUGGCCCUGUCGGUCAGUGGCAUAGGCCUGGUCAGCUUUGCUCUGCCCAUGGACGCGGGCCCGAGUUGCCUGGCCGUGCCCAACGCCACCGGAUCGUCAGGCCUCCCUGGAGGCUCUGACCUGGCCAGGGGCCUCUCGGCAUCUCCGCUGCCAACCGCACGUGAGAAGCAAGGGGAGCUGGGAACAUCAGCCACGGAGAAAAGCCAGCCUCGCCCCAGGGCCUGGGACCCCACCCUGUCACCCCCAGCAGCCCUGGACACCGCCUCCCAGACACCCCCUUCUCCAGCCUCAGUGCAUGCCCUGCUGCCCUGGACAGCGCUGGUCUGCAUGAUGGUCUUCGUGAGCGCUUUCUCCUUUGGAUUCGGACCAGUGACCUGGCUGGUCCUCAGUGAGAUCUACCCGGCGCAGAUCCGAGGGAGGGCCUUCGCCUUCUGCAACAGCUUCAACUGGGCCGCCAACCUCUUCAUCAGCCUCUCCUUCCUCGACCUCAUGGGCACCAUUGGCUUGUCCUGGACCUUCCUGCUCUAUGGGCUGACCGCAGUCCUCGGCCUUGGCUUCAUCUAUUGGUUCGUCCCUGAAACAAAGGGCUUGUCGUUGGCAGAGAUAGACAAGCAGUUCCAGAGGAGAAGGCUUGGCCUGAGCCCGGCCAGCGUCCAGUACCACCGCAUCGAGGCCUCAGCAGGCCCCUGAGGAGUCGUCUGAGGGAAGAUGGUGGACCCACCCGGGCCCCAGCGGGACCCCCAGCACCUGCAUCCAGAGAACACAGCAGCCCCGCAGGGGGGUUGGUGCGGGAGUGAGAGGGAUGGAGGUCUGCGACCCCCAAAGAUGUCACCUGGGUGCCACGCACUAAGGGUUCUGAGGAGCUGCCUCUCUGCCUCAGUUUCCCCUCUGAGUGCACAUCUCCUUACCAUGAGGGCGUCUCUCGGGGUCCCGGCUGGUGUCCUCAGAGCACACGAGUUCAGUGGCUGAGUGGAAUGAACUCCGUUCUGCAGUUCUCAAUGCUGUCAGGAGGGAGGUGAAUGGAAUUCAGAGCUGUGCGCACGGAGAUGCAGGUCCACCAGGGGGCGCCAGCGGGCUCUGCAGGAGUGAGUUGGGUGUGGACAAGGAGCGACUCUCUCCAGCAAGGUUUCCACAUCUGUCCAAGGGGACUGAUUAUGAGCCUGUGUGUGUGUGUGUGUCCUCUGUUUGUGUGUCCUCUGUGUGUGUGUCCUCUGUGUGUGUUCAGUGUGUGUGUCCUGUGUAUGUGUGUCCUCUGUGUGUGUGUCCUCUGUGUGUGUUCAGUGUGUGUGUCCUGUGUAUGUGUGUCCUCUGUGUGUGUGUUCUGUGUGUGUUCAGUGUGUGUGUCCUCUGUGUGUGUGUCCUCUGUGUGUGUUUAGUGUGUGUGUCCUGUGUGUGUGUCCUGUGUGUGUGUCCUGUGUGUGUGUGUUCUGUGUGUGUCCUGUGUGUGUGUCCUCUGUGUGUGUUUCCUGUGUGUCCUAUGUGUGUGUGUCCUGUGUGUGUGUCCUGUGUGUGUGUCCUGUGUGUAUCCUAUGUGUUGUGUGUCUUGUGUAUGUAUCCUUAUGUGUUUCCUAUGUGUGUAUCCUAUGUGUAUACUGUGUAUGUGUCCUCUGUGUGUGUGUGUGUGUGUUGUGGCGGGGACUUGACCCCCAUUUCCCUUCAGGAGCAACUUCAGCUGGUUCCAUCCCACUGGUCAGACUCGGGGGUGGAGGGUGGUGGUCAGUGGUUGGUGGUCCUGGUCACUCAGCUCCCCCAGGGAUGUGUCAGACAGAAACUGAGUACGUAAAGGGAACUGAGGCCCCAGGUUUCCCGGGUGAUGCAGUUACCGGCUGGAAAGUCACUUUCCGAGUGGUCAGGGAUCCCUGCACCCAGAGGAAGUCGGCCUCAACUUCCCCAAGGAAGGGGAUGGUGCUCCCGCCCCUCUCCCCCAGCCCAGGCUGGACUGUUUUCAUCCUGGUUCUGUUUUCCCUUACAGAAUUUCCCACCUGUGGCUCAGGCAGAGGAGACAGUCAGAGCGCAGGAGCUGGCUGGGUCUCCCCAAGGCCUCCCGGGCAGGACUGGGAGCUGCCCCCUGCCCCCGCCACCAUCCCCAACUUGCCUCCUCCUGGGACUUGGAGAGGGAAAGACCAGGAAAGUUCUCCAUAGGUUGUUUGUGUUGAAAGCACCAGCUUCUGCCGUAGGCGACUUUGUUAGGCUUCCUUCAAAACCCGUUUGUUGUCAAAAUUGUCAUUUUUCCUUUCUGGAAAAGGAAAGAAACAGCUAGUCUUUUAACGGCGGAUUAUAGGUCCUAUAGUAAGGAGAAAAUUCUUCAGUCCGUGUUGCAAUUUAAGGUUCUCUGAAGUCUAUGACACUAUAUAAGCUGAAGGAUCUGAAGAGUUUGGUUGGCUACAUUGUUCUUCUGAAAAUAAAUACUGUCUUCCACACCCUCCAAUGGCUUCAUCUUCUCAGUGCAGUCACUUCAACCAAAGAUAGUUUUUAAAAGGAGUGUUAUUUAACGCAAUAACGGCAACAUACCAAAACAGGGCUAAAAAUGUCACCGUUAUCAUCUGAUUUGAUUUGUUCAGCUCUAUCUUUCGUUAAAAUUGGACAAGGCAUCUGUUGACUCAAAUUUAGUUCUUCCUAAGUUGUCAACUUAAUACAUUGUUUCUAGAUUCAUUUUCUCCCCUGCUGUGGUAUUGGAAAAUCUUUAACCAUUGCUGCAACACUUAAAACCAGCAGCUCCUGGAAUCUGUGGAUGUGUUUCCAAGGAAUUUGGUCCCACAGAGUUGCAAAGUUCUUCCAGAUUUGGGAUCAGGGGAUAUCUGGGUCUCCUGAUUUCCCAGCU